AUGGCCAGUACUACUGAUAAGGUUGCUACUCAUAAGGUUGUUGCUACUGAGGAGAUUGUCGACUUCAUUUCAGGUGACAUCCUCUCUGAGGAUGGGCAGGAGGAUUUUGUCCAGCUGGAGGCGCAGAUGCGUAAAGGGAUGGAACAUGGCAACGGUGUAACCGACAAUGAUGUUGCCGACGGUGGUGUGGAUGAAGAACAAGAACAAGAAGAAGCCGUUGCCGUUGCCGUUGCCCGUGGUAAUGACGGUGGUGUGGAUGAAGAACAAGAACAAGAACAAGCCGUUGCCGUUGCCCGUGGUAAUGACGACAUGCAAAUUGAUGACCUGGAUGACGAGUCUGAUGGGCAAGAGGGGGAUCUCCGCAUUGAGUACGCCAAAGCCAAGGGUCUGUUCAAGUUGUCGAAGAAGACGAAUUCCCGCCGAAUCAACGUGAAGAAUCCUGCCGCAGUUUGGGAAGUGAUGUACCUCAUUGAGAUUCGAAAGAAGACUGACUGGA